UCUUUAUCUAUGUUGUCUAUGAUUUCAUCAUUUUAAAAACUUUUACUUAACUACCUUUCGCGAGCAAUUUUUACAGUUGUUUUUAAAGCAACUAAGAUUUCCUUUACUGAAAGAAAUUAUAAAUUAAGGUAUACAAUGGCCAUACCCGCUUUACGCCAGCCAAAAUUGUCCGGCAAACUGCAAGAUUUUUCUCAAACAGUCGCCGAAGACUAUAAAAAUGUUGUAGUAACUUUGAAAGACAACAGGAAGCUUGUCGUGUCUGCCAAUGCUUAUCAGGGGAUAGUAAAAGCUAGAGAGAUGUUUAAAUGUGUUUUCUGCGGGACGGACAUGGAGUUGGAUGAAAAAUAUAAGGAUAAUCACAUCGAUUCUGCAAGUCACAAGGAACGUUUGCGCGCCUACCCUCACAUGGACGAAUUUGGUGAAAACUUGAUAAGAAAGUUGAACAAUAAUAUCCACUACUGCACCAUCUGCAACAUUGUGAUGGCGUCUCCGUUCCUCAUGCGGCACAUCACUGGGCUGUCGCACACCACAGAAUUGGAUAAAGCUAUGAUACGGGGAACGGCUUAUGAUGUUUAGAUGAAAGGUGUUAAUCUGCUUUGUUAUAAUAUUAGCAGCCCAUUCCAGCUCCGCUCGGUUAAAAACACUAAAAUACACACUGGAACCAUCUUUAUUUAUUCAUUCAUUCAUACAUAAUCUUCAGGAACCACACUAUCUAUUGGUGAAACUUACAAAAAUCUGUCAGGCAGUUUUUGAGUUUAUUGCGUUCAUAUAGACAGUCACAGACUUUACAACUUCUUUUUAAAGUCAACGUCAUCAUAUUUAUUCAACUUUGGCGGUUGUAAGGAUAACAACAUAGAUUUUGCGUAAAAACCUUUGUUUUUCAAAAUAUUAAGUUAGGGAAAUUUUUAUUAACUAAUAAUGUUUAUUUUCAUACAAGUGCUAAAUAAUAGUUUAUUGUUACUGAAACACUACUGUCAUAUAGUUUCUGCCAUGCCAUAGAAAUAUUUUAGUUUAGAUGUGCAUUGUUUGGGAAUUUUUUUCACAAUAAUUUCAUGUGUUGAUUUGCAAACAAGUCUUGGUUUUUUUUGUUUUCUUUCUGCACUAUGUCAGCCUCAUGGGGGACUUAUCUAGCUUGUAGUAUUGAAUGUAUAGAUUAACAUAUAUAGAUAUAAUAACAUAAAAUGUAUAGAUAAGUUGGCCUGGCAAGCUACUCUGGCCAGACCAGAGUUAUCAUUGUGAGCAUGGAGAUAUGAAAGCGAUUAAAUAUCACAAUAUAUAUAAUAACAACACAAUAGCAUAAUACAUAAUAGAAUCACAGUCUGCAGGAAUUGAGUUUCAAUCGUAAUUUUAAUCUUUGGUGUUGUUACUGCUGGAUCUGAUUUCAUAACAUUUUUUUUAUUGAACAAAUCUGUAAUUGUUUAAAGGUUGUAACUAAAGGAUCUGUUGAUAAAAUUAUUUAACAUCUUACCACUUGGCAAAAUGUAUUUAUGACUUAGAACUUAAUGUUAUUAAUAAAAGAACUAUCUAUUGAAACUA